GCUUCCUGGAUCUUGCAGCUGAUUUGCCUAAGUCCCCUCUCUUUUAUCCUAACUCCCCGCAAGGGAGAUGGGUGGGGGGGCUUUCUAACCGUCCAUCACCAUUCCCGUGCAGGCGCCAGACGCUGUAGUCUGUGCCUGACUGCAGAACAGGGUCCACAGUUCUCAAGAGGACAGAAAAAAAAUCUUCCCAAGUUACUGUCCCCAAAAUGUAUUCAGAUCACAACUCCAAUUAAUCCACUGACUAAGAACCUGGCACUCUCUGCAGCUUCUUGUGAGAGACAAAGGAAAAAAACCUUCCAGAACUUUAGAAAGGAAAUUCUUCUGUGGACCAACAUGCAGGAGAGCUAUGAAACUGUUAUCUCAUUGGCAGAAGAACUUGCCAUAAGCUGGCCUCGGAUAACUGCCUUUACAGAGAUUCGAGGACGCCAAGGUUUGGCCCCUGGCUUAGAAAUAGAACCUGAGCAAGGGCAGCUGGCUCCUUUACAGGGCGAGGCAGAAGCAACUACAGAUGGGUCAAGUGGGGAAGGGAUCCUUCCAGACAUUCGUAGGCAACUUGGGGUAAUUCUGCAAACUAUAGGGAAGGCUCAAGUGGAGAAGAUGCUCAAGGAGUUGGUGAAGGAGCAGGAGCAGGAGCAGCAGAGAAGAGUCAGGCGGCGGAAAAGAAUGAGCAGGAGCCCUCGACAUGGAGGUGGUGAAACAGCGGAACAAAAUAACUUGGAGACUUCAAGGGAUCUUCAGACUGGAACAGUGGAAGGACCAGCUGUGCUAUCCAGAAAACCAUUUGGGAAUGAAGUGCAAGGUUCCAUCAAAUGUCCAGGGCUGGCAGGACCAAAGCAACCCAAGAUGAUUCGUGGUGACAUGAGAGGGUAUAAGAAUAAUCUUGCCCAGCAAAAUCCUCUAGGAACAAGAUGGGGAGCGGAACCUAGAGAGAAUGUUAACCGCAGUCCAUUUUCAAACAUGAGCUAUGACUCCCAGGAAGCUGGGAGAAUCUGCCCAUCUUUCGUUGAAAGACCCCAGUUCUUAGGAUGGCAGAAGCCCCAUUACACACAAAGGCGUCAGCGUUUACCUGCAGGGGAGAAGCCCCAUCACUGUGGAUUAUGCAGGAGAACUGUUGUGAUCCCACCAUUAAGACCUAACUCCCCUCAUAAUUCUGCAUUGAUUCCUUUCUUGAAUUCUGCCUCUGAAUUUUCUUCUGCCUUGACUCUGAAUUCUGUAGGGCCACUGAAUACCCAGGCUCUGCCAGGUAACCCAGCUUCUGCCCAGUCUCAAAAACCCCAUGCCUGUGAGGAAUGUGGCAAAAGAUUCAGAAUCCUAGCAAACUUGGAACGGCAUCAGCAGCGUCAUGCAGCAGAAAAACCACACCAGUGCAGAGACUGUGGGCGCCGUUUCCGCUGGGGUUGUCACUUAGAGCGCCAUAGGCGAUCACGCCGCUGUGUGGAAUGUGGUGGAGGCCUUGCAACACCACCUCCACCCCCAACUCCUCCUCCAGAACCUGACCGACCUUAUUCCUGUGGGGAGUGUGGGAGGCGGUUUACACAGCGCUCAGCGCUCAGCAAACAUAGGCGACUGCACUCAGGGGAGCGUCCCUAUGGAUGUAUAGAGUGUGGGAAACGUUUCCUGCAACGCUCUGACCUCACUAUUCACAUCCGCUCACAUUCUGGUGAGCAACCCUAUGCUUGCACAGAGUGCGGACGGCGCUUUAGUGUCAGUUCAAAUCUCAGCAAACACAGACGCAUGCAUCGGGGGGAGCGCCCUCAUGCAUGUUCUGUCUGCUCUAAACGCUUCCUGCAGCGCUCAGAACUUCUUAUCCACCAGCGUGCUCACACUGGGGAACGCCCCUAUCCAUGCACAGCUUGUGGAAAGCGCUUUGCUCGCCGGGCUCAUCUUAAACGCCACCAGCGAACCCAUGGGGGAAUGCCUGCCACAGCUACUGCAUCUCGGCACCAGAAUGCUCAUCUUUUCAUUGCUCCCUCACCAGAUGCUAUGUCCUUCGUCAACAUCAACAGCAUGAAUCUUGCGUGACUGAUGUCCUUAAAUCAUAUGCUUAAGCCAAUACAGUUGCCUGUGCUCUCUUUAGGAUGUCUUCCCUUCUGCUCAUAGAAUUUUUGCUGGGAACAAUCUUGAGUUCAGAUUAGCCCAUAGAAACAGCAUCGUAUUAGCCCCUUAUCCUUGUCUGUUUGGAGGCUUGGCAGUUUUUUCUGCUUGGACCUCUUUAGAACUUCUGUGUUUGCCCUUAUAUUAUAGGGUACGGAGCCAGUGAAAUUAUUCAUGAUCAUCUGCUACAUUCCCUUACUUGUUGAUUUAUCUUGGUAAUACCAUUAGGGUGUCAAGUUUGACAAGUCUGAAGAGGAAAGACACAAUAAUUUUACUGUCCAAAGUUAACUGCAGUUCAUUGAUGCAAGUAAUUAUGUCUUGCAAACCAUAGUCAUAACAGGCAUUUAUUACGGAGUCACAGAUGUAGUUCUUUUUUCUCUUGAAAUGGUCCAUUACAUGAUUCUCCUUGUCUUCCCUAUUUUUGAAAAUUUAAACAGUUCCCAACAUUACCCCUGGCCACAAAUCUCAUUUUGAGCAGAUUUGUUGUUUCUUUUGAUGGGAAAGAAAUCCAAAUAGGCUUCUCUGAAGAACUUUGAACUCAUUACCUGUAGACAAAAAAUGACGUCCUUCUUUUUGAAUCUACAGUUUAUAUUAGAAUAGACAUAUUGUAGCAGUCAGUCUAUAACUGAUUGAGUUGGAUGCAUUUUAUGUCAAGGUGGUCUAUGCUUCUACAGCUCCAAAGGAUGAUCAGGUCCAAGCAUUGGAUGAUCCAGAACUCUCAUGAGAGAACAGCAGUUAAGAAUCAGGAAACAGAGUGGUGUUGUGAUUUGGGCCUCACAGCUAUUUGUGGAAUUUGGAAAAAGAUGAGCCAUGCCUUCAAAAAUGUUAUUGGUGCUCUUUCACCAUCUGCUCCUGAGAGAGCAAAGUUGGAACUGUCUGUUGUUGAGAAUUCUGGACUGGAGCAUUUUAGAAUGGAGAGAGUCUGCUUGCUACAUCUACUGGUGAUUCAGCCAGCUUUGAAGAGAAUGGUAAAGUUGCUGCUGUGUAAGGACAACAAUAUUUUGGUACACACUACUGUGACAGGCAACUCCCAGGUAUAUUAUUAUUUACCAGGCCAGUGUUAUAGUUCCAGCUUGUAUAUUCUUAAUAUAUGUAGGGCUGGCAUUUUGUUUUCCAUCAUAAAGUUGGCCGUGGCCUCUAGGUUGCAGAAGCAAUUAAUAUCUGAUUUAAGACUAAUGCAGUAGAAUCUAUAUUAUUUUUUUUAACCAUGUAUUUUCUUUUAAACCACAUAGUUGAAUUCCGGAACGUACACAUAUAUGAACAAAAUAGAAUAUUUUGCAACACACUUCCAUAGGAGCUAUUUUGCAUCUUUCAUAUUAUAACAAGUAUUUUGGGUUGAGGUCAUAGGCUCAAAAUGGUUUGGAGCCUUCUCCAUUCUAUAACUCUGAACACCAGGAAACUCAUGAAGAUAUGAAACAUAAAAAUUUUGCAUAUGCAGUUUUUUAUCCUAGUGCGCAUUACAUCUUACCCAGUGCAGAUCUGGUCUUUUCCAGGCCUGCAUGUUGUUUGAAAGCAUGCAUGGAGAAAUACAAUGUUGGCAUGACCUCACCAUGUUGCAUGUUGCAAGAAACAGUCAACAGGUUAGGCAGACUAGCUUGGAUGAGUGCUGGAAUUGGAUUCCAUUGCCUCAGUAGUGGGCUAAUCUGAUUUACAAAUGGCAAAUAUACAUGUCCCAGGAUUAUGAUGCAAGAUUGAAUUUGGGUUGGUCACUGGGAGCAGAGAUUAUUCUUCGAAGCUUUCAGACUCAUGCUAGCAUCCAUCUUCAUAGACAGACUUAAGACUGACUCUAGACUCUUUAGACUAAUCUGAUUUAGCAAUAGCUAUUUUGACAAACCUUUUUUAAAGAUAAGUGAUUGAUUGCUACUUUAUUCAGUUUAUUAAGAAUGACCAGAAAAUGGUUGCUGAUUAGGUAGCUGGGCAUUACAAAGUCUUGGGGAAAGAAUAGCAUUUGGAUAUUGAUAGAGAAAUAGAGAGGAGGGAAUUGUUAAUAACUCUUUGGGUCUGUAAUUUUUUAAUCACUCCUAGUGGGUCACACUGUCAAUGGAUAUUACCUUUCCUGGAUAUUUUUUGAAACAUGUUAGAACACGUUUGAUAGGUUUUAUCUGUUGCAAGGCUGUUGAAUCAGACAUAUUACUAAAACGGCUUUUAUAUUCAGCCGGGCAGUACUUGAAGAGCUCUGAUAAACAAUUUAAAUGUUCCAGAUUUACAUACCUUUUGAUCUCUACACUACCGGUGAUUAAGUAGACAUUGGCUUGGACCUCCGUCAUCUGAGCCUUUUCCCUUUCUCUCUUUUUGCAUUAGGCAUAUCACAAAAAUUGUUGGCUUAAUAAUCUUUGCCUUAGUAAAUAAAAAUUUAUACUUGUCUAUUUUAA